ACUACCGCCCAGACGCUACUCUUUGCAUCGUAUUUGCACUUGAAGAAAAUGUGGAGCAAGAAGCUUAUGUUCUUGGCAAUGGCGACCCUCUUGGCCGAAGGGACCUCCUCGGCUGCUCCGCUGGCCAAGCAGGAAGACACUAAGCAGGGCUUCCAGUACAUACCCGUCAACCCCUGGAGUACACUAUACCCUGGUAUGAACUACGGCGCCGGGCCUGCCCUCCCGCCUCCAGGCUACUCCAACUACCAGGGAUUCGGUGCUGGUAGCUACAUGCGCCCAGGAGGUGUGGGCUUCGCUCUGCCCUACCAGUAUUUCCAGAAUUCUGCACCAGGGAUGUACUCUAUGGAAAACAAAAGACCGAAGGAGCAGUAGCUCAUCUCACUAUCAAUCACCAAAUAUCGUUGGGUCGUUUCGUUCUAACCCUCACUUUAAGCAUUCUUUUCAUUCUAGAUCUAACUAUAGUAUUACUAA